CCGCGCUGCGGCUGCUGCUACCGCUGGGCUAACGGGCUCCCACUCUGCGAGCUCCUCGUCUGCGCCCGCGUCUGCCGGUUCGCUACAGGAAGCCUCCGCCGCGCGUGUUCCCUGCUGCAGAACCUGAGACCAUGGCCAAACCAGCACAGGGUGCCAAGUACCGUGGCUCCAUUCACGAUUUCCCAGGCUUUGACCCUGGCCAGGAUGCUGAGGCCCUGUACACCGCCAUGAAGGGCUUUGGCAGUGACAAGGAGGCCAUCCUGGAGCUCAUCACUUCUCGGAGCAACAGACAGCGACAGGAGAUCUGUCAGAGCUACAAGUCCCUCUAUGGCAAGGACCUCAUUGCUGACUUGAAGUAUGAGCUGACGGGAAAGUUUGAACGACUGAUUGUGGGUCUCAUGAGGCCACUUGCCUAUUGUGAUGCCAAGGAAAUUAAAGACGCCAUCUCGGGUAUCGGCACCGAUGAGAAGUGUCUCAUUGAGAUCUUGGCUUCUCGGACCAAUGAGCAGAUCCACCAGCUGGUGGCAGCAUACAAAGAUGCCUAUGAGAGAGACCUGGAGGCUGACAUCAUUGGUGACACCUCUGGCCACUUCCAGAAGAUGCUCGUGGUCCUGCUCCAGGGAACCAGGGAGGAGGACAAUGUUGUGAGCGAGGACUUGGUACAGCAGGACGUCCAGGACCUGUACGAGGCAGGAGAACUGAAAUGGGGAACAGAUGAAGCCCAGUUCAUUUACAUUUUGGGAAAUCGCAGCAAGCAGCAUCUUCGGUUGGUGUUUGAUGAGUAUCUGAAGACCACUGGGAAGCCAAUCGAAGCCAGCAUCCGAGGAGAGCUGUCUGGGGACUUCGAGAAGCUGAUGCUGGCUGUGGUGAAAUGUAUCCGGAGCACUCCAGAGUAUUUUGCGGAAAGGCUCUUCAAAGCCAUGAAGGGCCUGGGGACUCGGGACAACACCCUUAUCCGCAUCAUGGUCUCCCGCAGUGAGUUGGACAUGCUUGACAUUCGGGAGAUAUUCCGGACCAAGUAUGAGAAGUCCCUGUAUAGCAUGAUCAAGAAUGACACAUCUGGCGAUUACAAGAAGGCUCUGCUGAAACUCUGUGGGGGUGAUGAUGAUGCUGCUGGCCAGUUCUUCCCGGAGGCAGCGCAGGUGGCCUAUCAGAUGUGGGAGCUUAGUGCAGUGGCCCGAGUAGAGCUGAAGGGAACCGUGCGUCCAGUCGACAACUUCAACCCUGACGCUGACGCCAAAGCAUUGCGGAAGGCCAUGAAGGGACUCGGAACUGACGAGGACACCAUCAUCGACAUCAUCACGCACCGCAGCAACGCCCAGCGCCAGCAGAUCCGCCAGACCUUCAAGUCCCACUUCGGCCGGGACUUGAUGGCAGAUCUGAAGUCUGAGAUCUCCGGAGACCUGGCGAGGCUGAUUCUAGGGCUCAUGAUGCCACCAGCCCAUUACGAUGCCAAGCAGUUGAAGAAGGCCAUGGAGGGAGCUGGCACAGAUGAAAAGGCUCUCAUAGAAAUCCUCGCUACUCGGACCAAUGCAGAAAUCCGGGCCAUCUGUGAGGCCUAUAAGGAAGACUAUCACAAGUCCCUAGAGGAUGCUCUGAGCUCAGACACAUCUGGCCACUUCAAGAGGAUCCUUAUCUCUCUGGCCACGGGGAACCGUGAGGAGGCAGGAGAAGACUGGGACCAGGCCCGGGAAGAUGCCCAGGUGGCUGCUGAGAUCUUGGAAAUAGCAGACAGACCCAGCGGAGACAAGACUUCCCUGGAGACCCGUUUCAGGACGAUCCUGUGCACGCGGAGCUAUCCGCACCUCCGGAGAGUCUUCCAGGAGUUUGUCAAGAUGACCAACUAUGACGUGGAGCACACCAUCAAGAAGGAGAUGUCCGGGGACGUCAGGGACGUGUUUGUGGCCAUCGUUCAAAGCGUCAAGAACAAGCCUCUCUUCUUUGCUGACAAACUUUACAAGUCCAUGAAGGGUGCUGGCACAGAUGAGAAGACCCUCACCAGGAUCAUGGUCUCCCGGAGUGAGAUCGACCUGCUCAACAUCCGAAGGGAGUUCAUUGAGAAAUAUGACAAGUCUCUCCACCAAGCCAUUGAAGGUGACACCUCUGGAGACUUCCUGAAGGCCUUGCUCGCUAUCUGCGGAGGCGAGGACUAGAGCCACUGGCUUUGGCCAGCACCUCUGCCGAGAAACGGUCAGCAGCACCAGCCGCCAUGACCAAGCCUGAUUACUCCAGCUCCCGGGAUGAAGGAAGGGACAGGGGUGGGGGGGGGGGGGUCAUGGGUGGGUUCUUGUCUUCAGCCGGGGUUUAGGGAAGGCUUCCACUCCCAUGGGCCACUGAAGGCCCAGCACGGUCACUCCUGCUCCCGUGUGAGCAGCUGAAGAUCCGUAGCCACAAAUUCCGUUCAUCUCCACUCCCCAUCUUCCACCUCAGCCUUUCCGGCUUCCGUCCCUUGCUGCAGCCACUGCCCUGGUUUGGGCUUUGUCAAAUCUAAAAACAUACUGAGCCUCUGCCUGUGAAAUGAGUGGAAUGUGUGCUUUGAGCCAUGGGGUGUGGUGGCCGGUGCCAGCUGAGUGUUCAAGGGGAGGGGACAGAAGGUUAAUGUCUUCCUGCCAAUUGCCAGACCUCUCACUGUUUCACCACCCACCCCCAUUCAGGUUUUUGUGCGAAAGACAGAACCAGGCCUCUGGAUACCUUCAAAUUUGUGUCACCACACAUGUGCUUUCUAGCUUCUGGCCAAUUUCUUUCCCUCCCCGAGUCUCUACUUUCUUAUCUACAAAAUGAGAGAGUUGGACAAAAGAAUGUUGACUUUCUCUUCUGACAUUGACAUUGUAGGAUGUGCCCCCAAAUCAUUCCCUUUCCACUGGCCUCUUUAAAUAAAAAUAGACCUAUAGACACAUAAACACAUUUCAUUGGGGAUCUGUGUUUUUGUCCUAGCCCUGCAGCCUGAGGUAGGCACCUGUCCAGGAAUAAGUCCUAACCUCAUCCUCUUGCCUGGGAAUCCCAGGUGAGAGUAAGCCAACAUCCCACCUGGGCAGGCUGGCCCAGCCCCCUCCAGCUCUUGGCUCCCCUCUCCUCCCUCUGCUGCCUGGACGUUGCUCUACGCGUUCUUCAUCCAUUACAACCAAACCCAGACUUCCUCUUUAGAGCUCUUCAAGGGCACCAGAUGCGAUCGUGAUCUGGGGAGGCCUGUGGAAAGUUUCUACUUUGUGCAGAUCACUGAUAAGCAGCAGGCUCAGCUGCAGCUUCUCUGUCUCCCUCCCGAGAGCUGUGUUUCUGCUCUGAGACUUGGGCAUGAAGCGGUCCCUUGAGUGCUGAGGGCACUGCUCCCUGUCCCGACUGGCCUGACUGAUUUUGGCAGUUCAGAGUAGGUGUGCAGGGAUCACAGGGUUUGGGUCAGCCACUGCCCUCACUGGGCAUCUCUACAGUGAGAGGAUAGACCCCCCCAGUUGUAAAGAGCCCCAUCUUCAUCUCUGCCAUAAUGAUGCUGAAAGCAAGACUGUCCUCCACUUCCUUCUCUCCACCAGGCUGUGAACCCAAACAGUAGGAGGGUCCACUGAGAGCUUUUUGGGGGGAUUUACCCGACUUCACGCAACUGUUACCGAAAGAUAAAUUAACAAGCAAUUAAGAGCUGUGGAGGCAGACCUUUGCUGCUAACCAACUGUGAGCCUCCAGGUCCACACAUCUCCUAGUCUUUGAGGAGGAAAUGAGGUGACACCUGCGAGUACUCAGCAGGGACGGGCCCUGCCUGGGGUCGGCUGUCAGCACCACCAGCCCAGAGGCAGGCCCCACUGUAGGAGAUGAUGAGCGGACCCCGAGGUUUUCUGAGCUCUCUUGUCAAGAACUCAGCAGCAGAUCACAGAGGCAUCCAAAGACAAACAGGAAAGUGCCUUAAAAAUGUGUGCUAAGGGGAAAAAAAGCUCUGGAGUCGAAAGGAAAGAGUGAUGGAAUCCCAUGGAAUAGAAGCAGGAGGCUCCCUGAGGCCAAGGGGAACACACAAACAGCGAGACCAGGAAUUUCUAGAAUCCCCAGAAACCAGGAAUGAGGAGAGCUCACGGAGCGCUUACGAUGUACGAGACCCUUCUAAUUCCUCACUGUGCAGCUUUCACAGUGACCCUCACAGAGGGUCACUCAGACCCUGAGGGUCAUUCACAGAGACCCUCAGGGUUUGGGAGGGCAAGGCCGAUAAGAUUAGAAAUGGGAGUUUACAUCCAAUGACAGAGGCCAUCAGUGUUUUCUCUUACAAGGUUGGCGGAGGGAGGUUCUUUGGAGGGAAGGCUAACCUCGUGCUUGAGAGCACUUGAGAAAAACCUGUGAAGGAGGGGUGGCUGGUUGGGAGGCUGUUGCAGUGAUCCCACUUAAGACCCAGGUGCCUGCAGAACAAACCGCAUUUUCCCUUGGAGCUGCGGCAGAGGAGGGAGUGGCCGCUAUCGGCUAUCUGAAUCCCGGCACCUCCCUCUGUCAUUCACAGUCAUUGACUGGAGCAGCUUCUACUUACUGAAGGCCUCCCCUGUGCCUCUCCACGUGCCUGAUGCUAAAGCUACAACACGGAAAACUGUUGAGUCCUGAUCCCUAAGAGCUGACCUGAGUGUCCCUCCUACCCAGCCUUCUCCAAAGCAUGGUGUUGAGGGACACCAGAGGUCGUUUCCCUGGCCAAAGUUCAAAGGAGACAAGUGGCAGGGACUAAGUUAAAACUAAAAGGAAAGAGAAAGCAGAAGCCCAAACCACUGCUGUCUCAAAGCGGGAGAAAAGGAGGAUGGUGGUGAUGUUUUCAGUGUGGAAGGGGCCCUCGGAAAGUCUCACCUCCCUCUCCCACUUACAGACAACUGUCACUUCCACAGAGGAAGCGACUGGCCCCAGGGCACUUGGCACUUCAGCGGAGGACCGAGGUGGAGCCUCGCAGUCCUGCCAGGUCUCAACCUUCUGGCACUGACCUUCCUCUUGCCCUGGACCCUGGCCUCUCCCUCCCGCGGCCACGCCCCCGCCCCGCCUCUAGCUCCUUGCUCCGCCUCCUGCCUCCAAGCCUGCAUUUUCCCCUCCGAGGGAACACUUCUCAGAACCCCUAAACCCGGGUGCUCCAACCUCAGUCUUUGGGGCCACAAGGAACUGUCUCAAGUGACCGGCGGGGAGGGAGUUUCCGGGCACCGCUGGGGCCACACUUCAGCUGUUGGAGAGCAGCGUGAGGACAGCUGGCUGUUGGAAGCCCCCUGAAAUGUUCCCCAGCUUUGCGAGGCCACCAGUCACCUCGGGAGGAGCAGCUUCUCCUCCGCAGCCCAGAUUUCCUUUGCGGUAGUGCCCGGGAUCACCCCUAUUCUCCUAAUGAGGAAACUGAGGGACCAAGCGGUGAAGCAAACUGGCCAAAGGUACAGGCGACACACCAUGGACUGAGCCGGAAAUGGGCUGAGAGCUCAUCCAAACCAACGCUCCUGUUUCACGAGUUUGAAAAUCAAGGCCCAGUGACCAUGGUAUUGCUGGGGGUCGGUACUUGGGUCUCCUGAUUCCUGCUCUGCUCACUAUAGACAUGUUGUUGUCCUCCUUCUCUUGAUUAAUGGAAGCCAGACUUCGGUGAGAAUGGGAAGGAGAAGUGUCAAGUUGCCCAACUCGAAUUUCAGAACCCCAAAGCAGCAAAUCGGUGUUUCUAACAGACCUGCGAGACCUCAGGUUUCCCCAGGCAGAUUUCCCCAUUUUACAGCUGAGUUAGGCAAGCAGGAAAUUAUAGUUCCUAACUGAGCCCUCUGCUCAGCAGUUAAUCUAUGAAAGCAGGCAGGCCGGCUGGAUUGGAAACCCAGCCAACCACUUAGAAGUAGCUAAGUCACUUGGCCUUUCUAUGCCUUGGUUUCCUUAUCUGUAGAGUGGGAAUCACAAAAGUUUCUACUGCACCAGAUUUUGUGAAGAUUAAAUAAGGCAAUGCACGGAUACCUCUGAGCACACUAUCUGGGACAUAAUAAGGGCCCCAUAUUGGGUAUUUGGUAUUAAUACAUAGUCUGGAUUCCAUUUCCUAGAGGAGGACUUGGAGGGGGAAUCUCUUUCAACAACCUCUGGUGAGUCCCUACACUGUGCCUGCCCCUUACCCCUGAAGAGCUCAGUGGGGAAAAGAAGAAAAAAUACAACCAAGACAGAGCAAGAAGUACCUCGUGCAGAGGCCACAGAUAACCACAGAAGGACGGACACAGGAUCCUUAGAAAAGGGGCAUGUGAGAGGCACCUCAAAAGACAAGGAGAGAUGUCUUCAACAAUAAAAGAUAUCGAAGAAGAAAGGGAGUUCCAGGCAGAGGCAACAGUAGGAGCAAAGGCCCAGAGGUGGGAAGUGGAGACCAUGGAAAGUGGCCCUGGGUGUCUUGGAUCGCAUAUCCAGUGUGUGAAGACACCAUCUGGGAGGGUCACAGAGAGUCCAGGCCACAGUGUGGACCUUACCCUCCAGGCCCUGGCCAGCCCCCAAAGGUGCCAGGGACAGGGGUAGUGUGAGUAGAGAUAUCCUUUAGAAAGAGGUCUCUGUGGCCAGCGUGGAGAAGGAAACUGGCUGGGAGACCAUCAGACAGGCUUGCAGUGUUUCCCAGAAAUGGAGGGAUGGGGACAUGAGCCAGGGCAGAAGAAGCUGACAUGGAGAAAAGAGAAGAAAGAUGUGGUGGUGCAGGAAACCGAGGAACCUGCUGUGGAGAAUCAGAGACAGAGGCAGAUACACAAAGCCAGAUGUCACUAUCUGGGAACCCAGAGGCAGGAAAUGCUUUUAAAAGCAGGAUGUGGGGGCACCUGGAUGGCU